UUUCUCAAGAUCCCAUCCAUUCGCGGGGUUUCCAUUCGAUGUUCGAGCUUGAGCUCGAGGGCGGCUUCAAUGGCGGCGAGGAAGGCCUCCGAGGGCUUGUCGAAGUUGGUGGGCGACGAGGUGCAGAGAUGGGGAUCGAUGAAGCCGACGGGGGUCAGCUUAAGGUACAUGAUGGAGUUCGGAUCGCGUCCCACGGAGAGAAAUCUUCUGAGAUCGGCGCAGUUCCUUCACAAGGAGCUCCCAAUUAGGAUCGCCAGGCGGGCCAUUGAGCUUGAGAAUUUGCCCUUUGGCCUCUCGGAGAAACCUGCUGUUUUGAAGGUGAGGGAUUGGUACUUGGAUUCUUUUCAUGACCUUCGUUCUUUUCCCGAGGUCAAGGAUAAGGCUGAUGAGUUGGCUUUCACACAAAUGAUCAAAAUGAUUAAAGUGAGACAUAACAAUGUUGUGCCGGCCAUGGCUUUUGGUGUGCAGCAUCUGAAGAAAGACCUGAGCCCAUCAUUUGUGCCUACAGAUUUUGAAGAAAUCCAUGAGUUCCUUGACCGCUUUUACAUGACGAGAAUUGGAAUACGCAUGCUCAUCGGACAACAUGUGGCUUUACAUGAUCCUGAUCCGGAACCUGGUUGUGUUGGUCAGAUUAACACCAAAAUGUCUCCCAUGAAAGUGGCUCGUGCUGCUAGUGAGGAUGCACGCAGCAUUUGUUUCAGAGAGUAUGGAAGUGCUCCUGAAGUCAGUGUCAUUGGUGAUCCAAACUUUACCUUCCCGUAUGUUCCAUCACAUUUGCAUCUUAUGGUAUUUGAGCUAGUCAAGAAUUCGCUGCGUGCUGUCCAAGAACGUUGUAUGGAUUCUGAUAAAGAUGCACUUCCUAUUAAAAUCAUUGUUGCUGAUGGGAUAGAGGAUGUAACUAUCAAGAUAUCAGAUGAAGGAGGUGGUAUACGAAGAAGUGGCCUUUCAAAGAUUUUUACAUACCUGUACAGCACUGCUAAGAAUCCUCUUGAAGAAAACUAUGAAGGCGUGCAUCAAGGGGUGACAAUGGCUGGAUAUGGCUAUGGACUUCCAAUUACUCGUCUAUAUGCUCGAUAUUUUGGAGGUGAUCUUCAAAUUAUAUCAAUGGAAGGAUACGGUACUGAUGCCUAUCUUCACUUGUCCCGGUUGGGAGAUUCACAAGAACCUCUUCCAUGAGACGUCUCAUUUGAUCUAACUAAAGACUCAAAGCUCUUUGGAGGACAUCUCAUGCUUUGCCAUUUUCCUUUCUUUAUGUAAAAAUAAUUUCUGAUCAACCCAAUUGUUCAAUCAAUCUUCUUGAUUGAUGCUUGUGUUAUGUAAAUUGUUGUCAAGUUUAUAAGCUUUGGUUCAGUAAUGUUUGGUUGC